UUUUAUCAUCGUUAAUAAUUAUCUCAAUAUUGUUUACAAUAAACUAUAAUAAAUAUACUUAAAGUUUAAUAUUUAUAUCAGUAAAGGUGCUAACUUAUUGAAAUGUUAUUGUUUAUAUACAAAGAACAUAAAUAUACGAUACGUUACUGUGUGUUACGCGAAGAAAGAAGUUGGCAUAAAUAAAUCUAUACAAAUUGUCUUAAUUUGGGAGUCUACAAUAAAUAAAGUACAAAAGAUGGCAACGGUACAAAAAAUUGAAUCAAAAUUAAUAACUUUAAAAGAAAACCGUCCGAGAGAUAGUAUGAACAAUGAGAUAUCAUCAACAUCAAGUGAAGAUGGAUCCAAUUCAGACGCUAUCACGAAAUUCAAUAACUUCUACAAAUCAAGAUAUACAGAAUCAACUCAUUCUGAUAAUGAAGUACUGGAAUCACCAAGAUCGGUGAUACAAGCACGGAACCAUUAUAAAUCUAUGGGUAAUAUCACAGAUCCAUAUAGAAAUAAUCAUACCGUACAAAGUAGUAUAAGCAACGUAGACCUAAGUCUCCAUAGGAGUGAAAUUAAAAAGUUUGAAUCUCUUCGUAUACCAAUAGUUGGGUAUGAAGUAAUGGAGGAACGGGCUAGGUUCACGAUAUACAAGUUGAAAGUCGAAGAUGAUAAACGUGAUCAAUCCUGGCUAGUGUUUAGGAGGUAUACGGAUUUUGUCAGGUUAUACAAUCGUAUAAAAAGCGAACAGCCAAACUUACUUCUACCGUUGCCUGGGAAACGUUGGUUUAGGGAUAAUUUUCAACCCGCAUUCCUCGAAGAGAGGGUAAGAGGCUUGCAGACCUUCGUCAACGCGAUCUUACACAUGCUCCCGAAUCAUUCGGUUGUCAGAGAAUUUUUCUGCCUGGAUGAUCCCCCCCAAGUGUUUAGCUAUCAACCGGAAGUGCAAGCCGUUUACGGAGCUUUGGAAGAUUCAAUAACAACACUUAAAGUACAAUUGAAGCAAAAGGAUGCGACAAUAAUGCAUUUACAAAAACGGGUCGCGCUUCUGGAAGAUCAGAUCAAGAACUGUCCUACUUGUAGUACAAAUAAAUCAGCUAAUAUGUAGUAAUUUUAAUCUGAUUAACACUUUCUGGAACUUUUUUAAGAUAUACAGGCGCACUAAUGAUUUACCUAAAGGUAAGUCAACACAUUUCUUGCAUCGCCAAUCCGCCACUAACUUUGAGAACUGAGAUAAGGAGCAUUAGUUAUACUCUAAAGUACUGUUGUUUGGUGGUAGAACAUCUAUGAGUGGAUAGUACCUACCCAGAAGAGCUGGAACUAUGCCCUACCACCGAGUGAAUAAUUGUUAUAACGUAUAACGUUAACGUAAAGUGUUAUAACGUUCUCUGUCCUGGAAAGUGUUAAUAUAGGCAUUUGUAAUUCAGAACUGCUCGGUAAGUUAAUUGAAACUAAUGACAAUAAUCGCUUAGAGUUUAAUUGCUGUUUGUCAUUCGAAAAUCAACAUUUAUUGUGAACCCUAUAUAUUUGAUUGAUUCCUACUAAAAGUGCGAGUCGGAUAGUCGGGUGGGUCCAACCCACCUUAAAAUGCUGACCCCCCAGAUUAAAAAGUGUCUUAUUGUAUAAUAAUUUUGUUAUAAUUUCGUUUAUUAUUCGAACAAAAAGUAUUACUCGUGAGCAGUGGGCUAAAAUCUUAACCCACCCUGCAGCUUAAUUUGUUAUUAUAUCUUAUGUCUUUGGAAUAACGAAUGGAAUGGCGAAUUGUAAUUAAAAUUUCUAUUAAUUAUUUGUUAAUGGCCUUAGCGAAUUUAAGAAAUAUAUUUUUAAUAUUUAACUUAUAUCUAAUAUAAUACUGGGAUUCUAAUUAAUUUAAAUAUUCCUUAAAUUUAUAAGGAACUAAUCAAUAUUAGUUAUGAUGUAAGUUUAGUGGUUUAGUAGAAAAACAACCCCAAUAAAACAAAAUUUCUCAUGAAGGGCUAUCACAUAACUAAACGGGACCAAGUCUUUACUCACAGGCUGUGCGGCAAUGGAGGAUUAUUCCCUCCAUUUUCCUCUCAUUUCACAUCAGCUUACCAAACUUUACCUAAGCAAAGACUGGAUUAUAUCUUACUAGAAAACUUUCUACAACUUUUUAUUCAAGGUUUAAGCUAAUAUAAAUGAAAAAUUACAAUUAUUUGUUUAUCUAAAUAAAUAAAAUAAUAAACACACAGAGUAGUAACGAAUAAAAAAUAUUAAAAAAAUGCUAAGGUAACAUUUAUUUAUCAUAUUUAUAAAAUCAAGACUACUCUGUACAUCCAAGCAAAAAUAUAAGACCAUCCAUCAUUCCCACCAAAAAGCAAAGAUAUAUAUAAUUCUCGAAGUAUAGAACCUCUUUUUUAUCACUUAAAAUUUACUGUCUUUGUACAUCAAGUACAAAAAAAAAAGUUAAAUGAAAUUCUAUCUAACAAUAUAUCAUUUAAUGAUAAUUAUUGUCAAUUAAUGUUAAAUUAAUUCGUAAUGUCCAUCAAAUUAUUCUUGAUAUAAUGUUGUAUUUAAUAAAUAGAUUUAAGUAAAUAAAUGGCAGGAAAACACCAUUUACUUGUAUGUUUUAUUUUAAGGACUGAACAAUUUGUAACAGAUUAUAAAAUUUAAGAUUAAAAAUGUUUCGUGUGUGAAAUUUUAGCUUUAGGUCUAUCCAUUCGAAAAGGUGCUCCAUUCCACGUUAAUUUUUUAUCGGUUAGUAUUAGUACGAGUGACACUCGUACUAAGAUGCCUUAGUGUGCAUUAGGCUGUAGGCAUGUGCUCGAUAUAUCGAUCUAAAAUCUGACGUCGUUGGAAUAUGAUAUGUCAUCGAUUUGAUGUUAACGUUUAAUCGUUUAAAAAAAAACCAAGAAACUGUUCUGGUACGUCAACGCAUUCAAAUUACGAUAAAAUUAAACGCAUGAAAAAAUCGUCCUGUCUCUCUUCAACUUUACGGUAAUCCGUCUGUGAAAAAGAGACGAAGCGAAUUUGAUACCGAUUUCGUUAUCAAAAUUCCUGAUAUCGCCCAUGCCUAGUGCUACGACUAAGACUAAAGACAGCAAAAAUACAAAAUAAAUUAUAUCUGUUAAGAUUAUUUAAUUAAACACCUUCCGUAGUGAAUAGGUCUAUAUCUGUAUGUGAUAUUUGUCGGAAUUAAUUUCGUAAGUGAUAAGCGUAUGAGUAUGGAAUUGAUAUUACUAUAUGCAAAAUACCGUUUUAAGUGUCAACGAUUUUUUUUUUUUUUUACAUCUAGACCUUUCGAUCUGCUACAUAGCUUUGCAAGAUAAACCGUUUUUUUUUUGUUUAAUAUAUACUUAUUUAUAAUAUAUUAAUUAAACUUACAAGUUUCGUUAUCAAUUUGCUGAUAUGCAAUUUCAAAAUGUCACUUUUAAUUUUAGAACUCGACAAUGUCAUGUCAAUUGAAGGCCAAGUUGUUUAUUUAUUUGCUCCAACUAUGGGAAUAGGUUAUAUGUCAUUUUAAUUCCAUAUUAUUAUUGUUAAAACGUUUUAAAUUAAUUCACAUAUACUCUAUUCCGACCAAAAGAGAAGAAAAGCUAAAUAAACAACAUUUGACAGCAAAUUGACGAGAUAUCAUUGGUCGCGAGCUUGAUUAAUCUAUGAUAUUCACUAUGGAUUUACGAAAAAAUGGCGAUUUGAACGGCAACGAAAUUGUUAUCGGUAUUUGGAAGUAAAAUUUAAGUGAAUUAUUGUAAAUAAAUAUAUAUUAAUCAUAAACUCUUAGUAGUGCACAAUGAGUUAUUAGCAAAUCGCAUGAAAUACGUAAAUCUACGGUUUGUUUAUCUUUAUUCCUACUUCGAUUGAAAUAGAGUAUACCAGUAUUUAAUAUUUUAACUGCUUUGUUAUAAAAUCCGUAAGUCCGCUCAUAUUUUUCCUUUGUUGUCUGUUAAUUAAUGUGUUAGUACAAAAAAAAGUUAUGUUGAUUCUUGAUAUCAAGAUACGAUAUUAUUUUAUUUAUAGGUGCUAAUUAUAUAUAAAAUUAAUUUUAGAAGCAUUUAAACUUAGUUAUUAAUACUGAAAGCAUUUUUAUUUUUCUUUAUAUUUUUUUUUUUAUGUUUAAUAUAAUGUAUGAAUUAAUUUUUAAAAAGGUUAAAUGUCAAACGUCACCGUUUUUCGCGCCAAAAUCUUCGUUGGUAUUAAGUAUAACAUAUUUUUGUAACAUAUUUUAAUUUAAUUUGUACAUAUUUAUAAUAGAAUAACAAAGAUUAUCGCUAUAGUUUUGAGGUUUUUAAUAUGAACAAUGUCGAUCGCUUUUCAAGGUGUUUUUUUAUUUUUAAUUUGUUAAAGGUACAACCUUUAACAAAUUUUCCUUCAUUAAUAUUAUUUUUUUGAUAUUAUUAAUUGCAUAAA